AUGAGUAGUAUAUUUAAAGAGAGACGUAGAGCCUUACUCAAACCAAAGCCUAUAAUAAUCUGUUUAUGUUUACUUUCAAUAUUUUUUACUCAACUAACCAAGUAUCAAUAUCAACUGCUAGCGGACGAUUCUCAACCAACUAUUGCUCCACAUCAUUCAUCGUUGAAGUCACCACAACACAACUCAACUAGAAGUUCAUCACCAAUAGCUCCACCAAAAUCUUUAAAUAAGCUAACAUCGCAAGAGUUUUGGGAGCACAUUUUCAAUAUUUUUGAGAAUAACAAAUUUGAUGAUGGAUUAAAGCCUUUAAUCAAAUAUACACCACAAGAGCAACAACUAACUACCAAGAUAAAAACUCGUGAAUGGUUAUUAUCAAAAGCUAAAAUAUUUCAUAAGGACACAAUUAUGCAGUAUCAUGAAUCCGUGGUGCACAAUCUACCCAGCAAAUUACCUAAAUCAAUUUACACGCCUAAUACUUAUGGUAUUGUUACUAUUGGGGGUAAUUUUUAUUCAUGGAUGGCCUAUAUCCAGCUAUUACAAUUACGUAAAUUAGGAUCCAAAUUACCCGUGGAGAUACUCAUUCCCUCAAUUGAAGAUUAUUAUAAAGAGUCACACUUUUGCGAUCAUGUUUUACCUCAACAUAAUGCUAGAUGUAUUUUAGUGCCAGAGAAAUUGGGGUUUAAUGUUGCCAAGCAUUGGAAGUUCUCUAGCUACCAAUUUAAGGCUUUGGCACUUUGUUUGAGUUCGUUUCAACACGUUUUAAUAUUAGAUUCGGACAACGUUGUCCUACUGAAACCUGAAAACGUUUUUGAUUCUCCAGUUUACCGUGACAAUGGUAUGGUUUUAUGGCCAGAUUAUUGGGAAAGAACAAUAUCCCCGGAAUGGUACGAUAUAAUUGGGAGACCCGUCGUUGGUAACAAGCAAGUGAGAUCUGGUCGGUUUCCUGUUAAUAUACACAAUCUAUUAACACACGAGCUUGAGUUUGAGGAAACAAGGUUUCACGACCUUGAGGGUGCUUUACCAGAUUUGUCAACCGAGUCUGGUCAAGUUAUGUUCAAUAAAAAGACUCAUGGGAAAGUCAUGUUGAUGGUCUUGUAUUAUAAUAUCUUUGGCCCCGAGAUUUAUUAUAAACUAUUUAGUUUGGGAGCAUUGGGUGAAGGUGAUAAGGAUACUUUUGCGGCAGCAGCUCUUGCUUGUGGUGAAAAAUACUAUCAAGUGGCAUCAUCGAUUCGGACAUUGGGAUACUUUGAUUCUACUCCCGGUGGUGGGUUCCAAGGCAUGGCUAUGGCACAAAAAAAUCCUCAAUUAGAUUAUCAGUUAUUUCAGAAAACUAAAAAGAAUUUCAAAGAUAUUCAUUUGGAUUGGGAUAAUGAAGCCAAAGAUCAAUUUAGCGCCAAUAACAAGAUUCCUAUUUUCACCAUGCACUGUAAUAUGAAAAAAAUUAACCCUGCAGCAUAUAUGAAAAAUGAGAAAAUUGCCAAUAUCAAUGAGAAGCGAAUGAAUGUUAGGUUCUAUUCAAAUUUCAAAUUUAAAUUGAAUGAUGAUGAUAUUUAUAAUCCGAAAAAGGAACAAGAGAAAGAAAAGGAAGAAAGCAAAAAAGAUAAAACCAAAAACGAUCCCAAUGAGGUUGAUUUUGAAUUAUCAAGAUGGAAGAUUGUUUCUGAGAUUCUUUGUGACCAAAAAAUAACUUUUGAAUUCUUGAAAGAUGACAAUAUGGAGGAAGUGUGUCAAUUUGUUAAAAAUACUAUUGCCUGGUUGGAAAAAGAGAAAUAA